AUGUCGUCUAGCACUCGCGACAAACUCUACCUGCCCGUCGUCGCCACCCAGCUCGUCGGCAUGCUCACCCUCGACCUCGUCCCGUUCUAUCCCAGCCUCCUCUGGCAAUCCCCUUCGGCCCCCCUUCAUCCCAUCGUCUCCCUCCGCAAGUGGUGGACAACUCAUUCGGGCGACCCCUACUUUGCCUCGUCCACCCGUGAGCCCUGGUUCGAGGCCUUCCUCUACGUCGAACUGCUCAUACAGCUCCCGCUGACGCUGUACCUCGCGUACAAGCUCGGCUCGAUGAAGCCCACCUCUGGACCUACCGAACUGGCCGGGCUAGUCUACGCAUGCCUGACCUUCAUGGGAUCCACGGCCUGUGCCUACGAUAUCUGGUACAUGGGCGCCGACAAGCUCCGUGCCGAGCAUAAACCGCAGCUGUUCUGGGGCACAUAUCUGCCUUUUGCUGUGAUUCCCGCCCUGAUGGCCGUGGACAUGUACCUCAGACUGCUGGCGAGGGUCUACGACCAUCCAAAGAGGCCCUAG